AUCACAUGCUAUUCGAUGUGUGUUAUAUUUUUAUAUAAGGCAUUUUUUCUUUCUGUUGAUAUAACCUAUUAAAGAUAAUUUUUAAUUAUGAGUUAAAAUUUUAACUUUUUUGACCAAAUCUAAUUAUUAUCAUCUCAAAAUGGCAUUUUUAAUUAAACGAUUGAAAGUCGAAGAAUUGUUGAAAGUAUUUGUUAGAUAUAAACACGGUUCGAAUCAUUGGUCUGUAAUUAGGAAAGAAAAGACACAUAAAGACAGAGCAUUGGCAUAUUUUAAUGACUUCUAUAAUAAAGUAUAUGGAAAAGCAUGGAAUGACAUAAGAACUGCAUUGCUACAAGAGGAAAACAAAUAUAUAGCAGUGAUUAAUAAUUUUAGUGAUAUGGAAAGAAUACAAACAACUUUGGAGAAUUCUGGAGCAAUAAAUAUAAAGUUAAUAUAUGAUGCAUUCGUGGAAAAUAUACAAGAUCAAAAGUUUCAAAGGAAAUUAAAGAAAACUGCUAACCUAAAUGUUCGAAUGCAUAAUAUAAUAUCGGAAAGAAAAAUAUCAGAGAUACAGUCAAUUUAUCCAAAUGAUUAUGAAUCAUCUCCGGAUUCAUUGACCUCUACAAAGAAAAAUGAUAAGAAUAUCAAUAUUAAUAAACCGUCAGUACAUUUAAAAUCUAUAGCAGAAGAUUCAAACGAUGUGAACAUUGAUAGCAAUCGUAUUGUUCUUCCUUCGGAUGGUUUAACAGGACUUUAUGAAUUUGUACCAGUAACAAAAUUAAAAGGUAUGGAAGAUUGGGUUUUAGAAUCUGAACAUUAUGAAUAUUAUCAAAAGGCAAGUGAUUUCAAAAUACCUGUGGAAAAAGAGAAAAUUUUGUCUUUUCCAAAACAUCUUAAAUUGUACACAUAUGAAGAGUUUAGCGAAGAAAAAUUUCCAGCCCCAAAGAAAGGAUCCACUGGAGUAUUAGAUUAUUAUCUUUUCGAUGGAGGUUCAAUACUACCUGUCCUGGCUCUUGACAUACAAUUAGGUGAUUUUGUAUUAGAUAUGUGUGCAGCACCUGGUGGCAAGACUCUAACAAUUUUGCAAACACUUAUGCCUAAUUUAGUGGUAGCAAAUGAUCUUUCACAGUCUAGAGUAUAUAGAAUAAAAAAAGUAUUAAAUCAGUACAUAGCAGAUAUAGGACAGUUGGAUGACAGAUUGUUUGUAACAGAAGAAGAUGCUCGUAAAAUUAAUGAUAAAGAUGUAUAUAAUAAGAUACUUGUUGAUGUCCCGUGUACAACAGAUAGACAUGUAUUACAUGAAAAUGAUAACAAUAUUUUUAAACCUACAAGAAUCAAAGAAAGGUUAAGAAUGCCAGAAAUCCAAGCAGAUAUUUUAUUCAAUGCACUAAAGUUAGUAACUGUUGGUGGUACUGUCGUAUAUUCUACUUGUUCUCUUAGCCCUAUACAAAAUGAUGGGGUUAUACAAAUGGCACUAAAACGCAUGUGGGAAGAAAGUAAUACUGUUAUAGUUGUAAAAGAUAUGUCAGAAGCAUUAGAUCCAUUGCAAACAUUAUUUAAUUUUGGAAAUUUUGGCUUGAAACAUGGACACAUUGUCAUACCCACUGUUGGUUAUAAUUGGGGUCCUAUGUAUUUUUGUAAAAUGGUUAAAUUGAAAUAAUGAAGCAAAAUUAAAAAUACGCUUCACAUUGGCAUCAUCCUGCAACCAUAAAGAAUCUUUAUUAUUAAAUACAAGGUAACGGGCAAUGAUUCAAUGCGUCUACGUGGACUAUACUUUUACGGUGCCUAUAUUCAAUCUUAUCAAAUUAUUCUAAUGUUAAUAAAUCAUGCGCAUAUAGAAAUCUCUUUUAUUCAUAAUGAGCAUAAAGGUUCAACAAUCUGUAACGAUUUUAAAUUGUAGACCUAAUCAAUAAAUCUUAAAUUUCUUAAAUGCUGUGAUUAUCGCAAGAAACUUUAACUCGUAGCUAGUGUACUUUACUUUGGAUGACAUCAUUCUAUCACUUGCGUAAUACAUGGGGUAAAAUGUUCACGUUUUGUUUUGCUGCAAUAAUAUCAACACAAAUUCGUAAUUUAAAGUCAAUUGCCAUGUAACUCGCUUUCAGCUCCAACUCUAUAUAGAUGCAACACUGAUUAAUGACAUAAUUUCUCUUUUAAUGUAAAAAACGUUUUCCUCUCACUUUUUCCGAACUGAUAUCUUACAUCCUUUUUUAACAAAUUUGUCAACAGGCUACAUCGGAAUAAUGUAGUACAAAUUUUCUAUAGUAUCCAGUCAAUUCUCUUCACACACUGCUUCAAUCUUAUGUCUAUAAGAAUAAACGCAUCCAUCAAUGAUGUGCCUUAAAAACUAUUGUCUUUUCUAGAAAUCUUAUGUCAGUUUAUAAUCAAUUAAUAACAAGGCUUUCAGUCUUUUUAAGUUAUAAUCGUGAUCUAUUAAUGAUACGAUUAAAUCAUCCGUAUAAGCUGAUUGUCUAAUUUAUUUUGUCUUAAAUCAAAUUUCUAAAAACAGCAUUUAUAAAUCGUUGAAACACAGUUUUCAAGAUAACUCGUGAUAUAUGAAAAAAUGUUUCUCUAGAAUAUUAAAGAAAUUCGAACUCUGCUAUCCAUCCAGCUGAUCUACAAAUUUUCAACAAAUACUGGUCUUAAAUUAUUUUUCUAUUUAAUUGUCGAUAAUCAACGCAUAAUCUAAUCGAAUCAUCUUUUUUCUUCAUAGGGAUUACACGAUUCGCGCAUUCCAAAAGUAAUGGAUGCAUCAUCCCAUCGCUUAUUUACUCAUUAAUUCAUUCAUUGACUUGUUCUCUCUCUGAUAUCGAGAACUCAUUGAUAGAUUGUCUUUUAGUCUUUCACUACGAUGGACAUUUAUACAUUUAUACUCACCUCUUUCGUCACUGUUGGAACAUAAUUAUUGAUACACACCUGAAUCAUACCGCAUGUCUUAAAAUCGGUAAUGUGAGAUAAAUCGAUAUUGUUCACCUCGGUAACUUCUAUUUAUUUGAAAGAAUUCCGACAUUUCGUUAUUCGUUUGGAUUAUACAAUUAAUACAAAUAUUGCCAUCUCGAAUUAUUAUUUCUAUCUAGUAUAAAAAGUCUGUGCCAAUUAUUAAAUUGUACGAGCUUAACAAAUCAGACACAACUCUUAUUAAAAUUGGAUACUUUUUAUUGUCGACAUUUAUUUUAACAUGGAAUGCUUCUAACGACACGUUGUCGCCCGAAUCUAUCUUACGAUAAUGAACUGUUUUGCGCUCGAGCAGUUGUGAAUAGCUUGAACGGUCUUGAAUAAAUUAAUCGUAAUGAGAUUUAUCUAUAAUAUAAUUAAAGAGUAUAUUGUAUCGAAUCCACGAAGCAAAAAUCUGUUAGUGAUUAACAUAAUCGACUUUUCUAUUUACUUAUAAGAAGCUGCCUUCACUGAUAAUUUUUCAAAUAUCAAUUUAAUUAACUAGCGAAGUAGUAAAUUGCAUUUGUCAGAAUCUAUUUUUUCCUAUUGCUAUUAAGCUAACAGAUUUGAUUAAUAAAUUUGCGCUGCUUAGAAUAUUUCCUUUCAUCAAAUCAUUUUGGUGUUACGUUUUUCAAUAUCACUUCGUGUGAUCCAAUUUUCUGAAUCUUUUUCGCGCUUUUCUCAAUCUUGCAUUCAUCAGGAAUCUUUCGAUAUGACGCAUCGAUACCAAACUUUCGACUAGCUGAUAGAUGGCUAUGAUUAAACGAUAUUGUAGAUUCAUAAGAUAUUUUGCUUCCUUAUUUUCAUAAGAAUAUAUCGUCUUCUCUUAAUGAAAAUUUAAUAAUCAUAGAGCUUCGAACAAUAUUGAAGAACGACGUUAUCAUGAAGACUUUCUCUGUGAUAACAUAAUUACCAAUUAACAACGUAUGUGAAUAGACAAAUUCGUGAUAUAUAUUAAUAAAAUGUCAGUUUAAUCGGCUGUACGAUAGAGUAUUUCUUUAUUGUAUAUAUUUUUUUUUCUAAAAACGACAAUAAUUAGAUGUUGAAAUAAUUAAAAAAUAUUUUAUUACUUUUAAAGAGUGUGUAUGUGUGUGUAUAUCGAUAAUUAUAACAGAAGACCAAAUCAAAAAACCGAAAAAAUGAUUUUAUGAUUUAUUUUAUUACUUCUUACUUUUGAAUUAUUAUUUUUUGAAUAAUCUAGAAAGAAUAAUCACCUACUAAUUUUUUACAUUCGCAGAAUAUUUUACUAUGCUUUUUUUCGCUAUUUUUAUUAUAUUUUUAAUAUAUAUAGCAUGAAUGUCGACCCCAAUAGAGUCAAAUGCUUCAAAUCCUGAAAAAAUAUCGCUCUGAAAAUUCUUAUUUAAAAUGCUUUCAAUGACAAGCUCCAUCAAAAAUUGUUUUAUUACUUAAAAAUUUUAAGAUAGGUCUUCAAUCAUUAGCAAGCAAUUUUCCGUUCGAUUUUCAUAAAAAUAAUCGAGCUAAUAUCAAAAAAAUAUAUUAUUAAACAUGUUUUUUUCUUCAGUAAUCAAUCUAUUAUAUUUAUAUUAUGACAUUUAGGAAUUUCGUAUAGUACGUUUAUUCGUAAAUGAUAAAUUUUAUAAGGAGAACUGUAUUAUUAUAUUUGUAUUACCUUCCAAAUUUAACUGCUGAUAAUUCUUCCAUUGCUCUUAUGAGUUUUUCUCUUACACUAAUUGCGAGACUAAACGAAAAUGAGUGAAUGUAUAUACUUGAAUUACAUACAAUAAUGUAAAAAUCACUGUACCAGAGCAAUCGAAACUGAGUCUAAACUGAAAUAUGUGAACUAAUUUUUUUCCUAUGGAAAGAGGAUUGAACUAAGACUGAACUGAAAUGUGUGAAUCAAUCUUGAUUAAGAAUUUGGUUUAUUAAAUUCUUGUUUCGCAGUUAAGGCAGAGUUAGUCGAAAGAAUAAAUAGGAUUAUUUUUAUAAUGAUACAAAUUUUAUUAAAAUACAUGAUGAAAAUCAGAGAGUAAGUAUAAGAAUGCACGAGAGUACUAUAGUCCUUAAUAAAUGAAAGAGAGAUCUAAUGUUGUAGGUGAGCAGGAGAGUUCGGGAAGAUCUGAUAGUUGAUUCAAUGUGUACAAAUAGUAUGCCUGUAACAUACAAUAAAAUACAAUUAUCUAUUAGCUCAUUGCUAAUAAGAACCGUAUCCCAUAACCAAAGAAGCAAGGUGCAAAAGCAAGAAGUUUUGCUCUUUGGUAAUGAACUGUAUGCACAAUUAUAAUUUUUGAUUAAGGAUUAUGUAUGCAUUUCAUGUGCGCACAUAGGUAAAAUAUGUUCGCUCACUUCUCUUGUUUCAAUCUUUGGUGCUCUUGAAGUUUAUAGAAUAGUUAAUAUAGUUGCAAGAAUUCUAUAUUUACAGCAACUUGGAGAAGUUGUUGAGAAAAGCUGUUACAUAAUAAAAGGCUGUCAAGAUUUAUCAUGGUUAUAUAUGAAAGACAGGAACAAAUUAGUUUAUAUGGAAAUAAUGGUGGCUCGAAGGAAUCCUAAUUAAUUGAGAUUGAUAUGAUAGUGAGAAGAUGGAAUCUGAGGAGACUCAGAAUAAUUAAAGGAUGCAAGCAUCUGCAAAAGUGGUUGCUUUGGUAUGUGAUCACGAUCAAUGGUAGUAAGCUUUUCUUUAUAGUAACAAAUUUCUUGCCAGUCUGUAGCACAAUUAGUAUCAAUUUCCAUAGAAUUGCUUUGAGAACUAUGUUAUAAGAGCGAUCAGAACAUAUACAUGGAAAAUAACUGAUAACAAUACCAUAAAUUCACUCAUAUUAUUCCCUUUUUAUAACUGAAUUUCAUUCCUAGAUCAAUGAACUUUAAACAUCUAAUAAAAGUUAAUAUAAUGAAAUAAUCUGCGAAAAAACUUAAUGAUCUAUGAAAAAAAAUUAUAGAUAAAAGAGAUAGAAGAGAGAGAAAAAGGUAUUAGUGGGCAAGCUGAUGCCAGGAAUGAAUGCAUGUUUCUGAAUCAGAUAGUAAAUGUUUGUAAAUAAGAUAGCUGUAAAUUAGUUGUAAGAAUUGUAAGAUAAAAGGUAGAAUAAAUGGUAAGAGAGGUAAGUUUACAGAAAGUUAUAUAGGAAUGAAAGUCUUAUAAACUUUAUAUGAACAUAUAUUAAUUUAAAUGAAAUUUAAAUAAUUAUUUACGACAAUAUUUAUAUUUUACCUAAUUACUUUAAAAUAAAUCUACUAUUUUGUUAAAAAAUUAUUUUUGUUAAUUACCUCCAUUCCAAAAUGCAGUCAGAUAAUAUGUGCAAUCUUGAUGAUAUCAUCAAGCCACCUUGCUGUUGAAUGAUCUUUUCUUUGGUUACCACUUGAUAAGAAUUUUUGCUGCACUUGCUAUCACAACUUCUAAUCAUAUAUUCUAACCAAUUCUAAUAACUAUUGUAUUUAAUUCUUCUUCUAUUGAAAGCAAUAGACUAACAUGACAGGAAGAUUAGUUAAAAUGCAAUAAUCAGCAUAAUAUUUUACAUCUAAAACUGCUACAAAUACAAAUAUGUGUUAAAAUAAUCAUUUAUGUUUGUCUUAUUUAAAAUCUUAUUACAAUAAUCAUUUAUUAAAAUUAACCGAGCUUGGUCAAAGUGGCCCUUUUAUAGAGUAUUAUACAAAAGGAUCUUUAUAAAGUUUAUAUUUUAUUAAUUAAAUAAAUUCCCACUGUUUUCAUUGUUCCUGAUUCUCAGUUUCCCAAUAAAGAGAAUCCAGGAAUAGUGAAAUUUGCCACAUGACAUGAUAACGUCGUCCAAUCAGUAAAGUCGUUCGCGACAUUAGAUCUUUUCAAGUCAGAGUACAAAGAUUAAAGAACGGAUUAAUUUUAAUUUACUAUAGCUAUUGAUAAAGUAGACAUGAUCCAGGAUUACUGUAAAUGCCAAUAGAAUAUGACCCAUGCAAUGAUAAAAUUAUUAUCAAUAGUAUAAAAUUUCGCUAUCACAUAUUAAUAGUAUAAAAUUCAUAUCACUUAAAGCGUACAGAUGUGGCCAGAAUGGGAAAA